UUCCUCACUCUGAUGAUGGCAGCUCAGGUCUUGGUGCUGGCUGUUGCCACAGUCUUGACGGCGUCCACAGUAUCAGCUAAGGCACAGAACUACAACACCUUACCAACAAUCACAGAUGGAGCACAGAUCGUGAGGACAGAUCCAAACUUGUCCUUCAAUUACCGCUACGAAGUGAACGCGGCCGAGACAGGCGACCAGAAGACACACGAGGAAACUCUGGAUAAUGGAGUUGUUGUGGGCUCCUACUCCGUCCUCCAGCCCGAUAAUACCUUAAGAAUCGUCAAAUACCGCGCUGAUGACGAGUCGGGUUUCAAGGCAGAAGUCCAAUACCAAGACUUACAGAGCGGUUCAUCCACAUCAUCAGCAUUGCAAGCAAGUUCUGGAAUACAAGGAACCCAAAGAUUGUCCACUUCCUUUGGCUCAGGAAUUUCAGCGUUUAGAGGAUCUUCUGCGCCAUCCUCAAGUUCUUCUCUAUCCAACUUUAUUCCUUCUUCUGGAUCUACAUUUAACAUUGAUUCUUCGUCAGGCUCAAGACUAGGUUCUUCUGGCUCCAGGUUUGAAUCUUCCACUGGAUCAAACUUCGGAUCAUCUGCUUCGAACUUUGGAAUCUCUGCUGCAAACCGCGGAUCUUCUGCUUCGAACUUCGGAACUUCUGCUUCAGGCCUCGGAUCUUCCUCAGGAUCUAACUUCGGAUCUUCCUCUGGAUCUAACUUCGGAUCUUCCUCAGGAUCUAACUUCGGAUCUUCCUCUGGAUCUAACCUCGGAACUUCUGCGUCGAACUUCGGAACUUCUGCUUCGGGCCUCGGAUCUUCCUCAGGAUCUAACUUCGGAUCUUCCUCUGGAUCUAACUUCGGAUCUUCCUCUGGAUCUAACUUCGGAUCUUCCUCAGGAUCUAACUUCGGAUCUUCCUCUGGAUCUAACCUCAGAUCUUCUGCUUCGAACUUCGGAACUUCUGCUUCAGGCCUCGGAUCUUCCUCAGGAUCUAACUUCGGAUCUUCCUCUGAUCUAACUUCGGAUCUUCCUCUGGGAUCUUCCUCUAACUUCGACUUUCGAACUUCGAAUUUCGGAUCUUCCUCAGGAUCUAACUUCGGAUCUUCCUCUGGAUCUAACCUCGGAACUUCUGCGUCGAACUUCGGAACUUCUGCUUCGGGCCUCGGAUCUUCCUCUGGAUCUAACUUCGGAUCUUCCUUAGGAUCUAACUUCGGAUCUUCCUCUGGAUCUAACCUCGGAACUUCUGCUUCAAACUUCGAAAAUUCUGCUUCGGGCCUCGGAUCUUCCUCUGGAUCUAACUUCGGAUCUUCUGGAUCUAACUUCGGAACUUCUGAUUCAGGCCUCGGAUCUUCCUCUGGAUCUAACUUCGGAUCUACUGCUUCGAACCUCGGAACUUCCUCUGGAUCUAACUUCGAACCUUCUGCUUCAAACUUCGGAAAUUCUGCUUCGGGCCUCGGAUCUUCCUCUGGAUUUAACUUUGGAUCUUCUGCUUCAGGCCUCGGAUCUUCCUCUGGAUCUAAAUUUGGAUCUUCUGCUUCGAACUUCGGAACUUCUGCCUCAGGCACCGGAUCUUCUUCUGGAUCUAACUUCGGAUCUUCUGCUUCGACCCUUGGACCUUCUUUUGGAUCUACUGCUUCGAACCUCGGAUCUUCCUCUGGAUCUAACUUCGAAUCUUCUGCUUCGAACUUCGGAACUUCUGCCUCAGGCACCGGAUCUUCUUCUGGAUCUAACUUCGAAUCUUCUGCUUCGAACUUCGGAACUUCUGCUUCGAACUUACGAUCUCCCUCUGGAUCUAUUGUUUCGAACCUCGGAUCUUCCUCUGGAUCUAACUUCGGAUCUUCUGCUUCGAACUUCGGAACUUCUGCUUCGAGCCUGGGAUCUUCCUCUGGAUCUAACUUCGAAUCUUCUGCUUCGAACUUCGGAACUUCUGCCUCAGGCACCGGAUCUUCUUCUGGAUCUAACUUCGAAUCUUCUGCUUCGAACUUCGGAACUUCUGCUUCGAACUUACGAUCUCCCUCUGGAUCUACUGUUUCGAACCUCGGAUCUUCCUCUGGAUCUAACUUCGGAUCUUCUGCUUCGAACUUCGGAACUUCUGCUUCGAGCCUGGGAUCUUCCUCUGGAUCUAACUUCGGAUCUUCUGCUUCGAACCUACGAUCUCCCUCUGGAUCUACUGUUUCGAACCUCGGAUCUUCCUCUGGAUCUAACUUUGGAUCUUCUGCUUCCAACUUCGGAACUUCUGCUUCGAACCUAGGAUCUUCCUCUGGCUCUAACUUCGGAACUUCAACUACGGGCCUCGGAUCUUCCUCUGGAUCUAACUUUGGAUCGCCUGCUUCGAACUUAGGAUCUCCCUCUGGAUCUAGCUUCGGAUCUAACUUUGGAUCUUCCACUUCAAACCUUGGAUCUUCUGAAUCAUCUGCUUCGAGCUUCGGAUCUUCCUCUGGAUCUAACUUCGAUUCUAACUUUGGAUCUUCUGAUUCAAACCUUGGAUCUUCCUCUGUAUUUAAUUUGGGACCUUCCAGUUCUAACUUCGGGUCUUCUCCUGGUUCAAACUUAGGAUCUUCCAGCACUGACUUCGGAACGUCAUCUGGGUCUAACUUUGGAUAUUCUCGGGUCAGCUCGUCUUCUGGUUCAUCUAAAACUUCGUCAACAAGUUCUGCUUCAGCUCCAGGUGGAUUGGCUGUUGUACUAGCUAAAGAUGGCGCCUUUACUCAGCGCUUCAGCGUUCCUUCUCAGACUACCAGAUUUUGAUAACCUAAAUGUUGCUAGCAAAUGAAUGUUAUUCCGGUUACCGACAACCAUAUCGGGUGCUUUCUAGUUUAGCAACCCUGACGCUUCUGCAGGACCUGGAUUGAUGAUUUGUUUCAUCUUCAUCUUCGGAGUCAUAUAAGUUCAAUCAACCUCUUCAAAUGUUUCACAAACUGAACCUCAAUGCCGGGUAUAUUACCAACUAUAAAAUAUAUCAAAUGGCUUUCUAAGAAUCUCAUUUUCAUCCUGACUAAAGCAGGUAGUUUAGGGCUUUAAUAUAACUAUUAAUGAUGUUCUGUCAGUAACUUAACGCAAGUUCCCCCAAUCUCAGUAUGAUCGUUUAAUCAAAAUAAUCCCGUGAGCAGUGAAGCAGGUUCAUCUCGUCUCCUUCUAAAUUAAACGUAUAUGAUGAUUUUGUCUGCAUAUUCUUAAGUAUCGUUACUUAUUGACCAGGAUAAAUAACUUCAUCUGCUUUCUGAUCAAUGUGAUAGACUAUUGAUGCUUGUCAAAUAAUUUCGCAAUAUAAUUUUUUCUUGAUCCCUUUAGAUCUUCAUUUUGGCAUUUUACAGAAUUUACAGUGAGACACCUAUUUCACAUGUAAACUCUAAGUGUCUUUCCUCAUUCUACCUAUCUUCUAGCACUUACUCUGUUAUUUGUUUACUGAAAGACAACAGAUAUCUUACUACUACUACUACCCUGUUGCAUGUGUGAUAAGUUGACAUACAGUAGACACAUUGUUUUUGCGAAUGUAGCAUUACAUAAAAGAUCAACAUUU